CUUUAAGAGCGUAACAGUGUGCUGAGCUGCUCUUUAGUGAAAUAAGUCCGUUUUCGUCCCGUGUAUAAGUAGCAGUGUCACAAGGAGACAUGCAAAGGAGGACAAGACAAGAGACUCAACAGAGCCCUUUCAAAGUGCCGGACAGUAAUAGCAUUUUGAAGUUGACUCUAUCUAAAAAAGGGAACCAAAAAGAGGACACAGGUACGUUGAUGGCUUUGCAAGUUGAUGAGAAGACAACAUGCACUUCAAGAAUGAGGCCCAAACUAAAGACAGGGCCGGUAGGACAAGUGGAGGAGGAAGAGGAACAAAAAGAAAAGUUGAACAGUACAAAACCAACCUUGAUGAAAACAGUUUGCCAUAAACAAGCACCUGCCAGACGUGAGCUGAAGACAGCAAUGCUGAAACGAGACAGAAAACAAGACUUGAUCUCCAUGCAACGGCAGAAGGCUGAUUUGGAGUUAUCUCUGAUGACAAAGAAAUCUUUGAUUCUGAGGAUGGACAAGGCCAUUGCAAAAGAGGAGAAACGGCUGAUAGAGCUUGAAACAAUCGUCAGGGACGACAACCUUAAAUUUGAAGAGGUCCUCAGGGAUAAUGAGAAGAAGUCGGUCGCGGCCAGAACAUUUUUUGAACUGGAGGCCAAGUCCAAACAGGAGAAGCACCUAAAAAUCAAGAAGCUGACAGCAGAAUUAGGUUCCUUGAAAAGUGAACUCGUCAAGUUUGAAGAGAUCCUGAUAGACUACAAGAGAUACAAAGAGCUUCUGUUCAAGUUGUCUCCUCCGGAGUGGCAGCAGGCCCAGAAGACUAAGGCUUUGUCAUACAAAGACACUCUUGACGAACAGAACAGGGAAUCUGUGGAUACAGCUUUUUGGAAUGGUUUGGAGAGCAGUGUUUCCAGUCCAGGGAGAGAGAUCCCCGUCAUCAGGGAGACCAAGCUGUCCUCAGCCCACAUCAACACACUUAUCAGCAGUUCUACACUGGAGUGUGACAGCUUAGAAUAUGAGAAUGAGCCAGUGAUAUACUUCACAGAUCCUCAGCAGCUACUGGAUCUGGUUACAGAGCUUAAAGAGCAAAACUUGUCCCUUAUUCAGAACUCCUCAAGAGUUGUUGAGACCCUGGAGGAGUUCCAUCAGUCAAUAGAGACCAUCAGAAAGAAAAUUGAAAAGGAUGAAGAGCAGCUGACGCUGCAGAUAAACAACAUGAACCAGAGAAUUGAUAAAGAGAAGGCAAAAUGCAUCAAACUCAAACAGAAGGUUCAGUUCCAUAUCUCACUGAACACAGAAGAUCAGGACAUUAUGUGGGACAGUCUGGAUAAGAAGGUAGCUGACGUCCAUCACUGCUGUGUGGACGACAGGAUGACUAACCUCAGCACCCUGGAGAGGCUGGCCAAUAUUGAAAACCGACUAUCACAACUGCUUCAGAGCAUUGAGAGCAUCCCUGAAGAAAGCUUAGGGAUGAUGAGGAAGUUCAAGGACAGUGAGAGGAGGAGCAGGCAUCGUGAGGAAAGGCUGAAGGAGCAGAGAGAGAAACAGAAGGAAAGGAUGAGGAGGUACUUGGAAAAAUCCCUGGCUGACUCCAAGAAAAUAACUACAAGAAGGCUCAUGCCCAGAUGCAUGCCUGUCGCCCAGAAGGUCAGAGAGAUCCAUGUGGACAACAAUUCCGCUGACGAAGAGAUCGAUGUUUUCCUUUUCAAAGCUGAGGACAUAGAAUAAAGAGAAGAACUGUUCAAUUGUGUCAUUACAUAACAGAGCAGAAUGAUGUUUCAGCUCAGGAGUGGAAAUGUGUUAAAAUUGAUUAUUUUGUUGUACAACCACAUUCAUGUCCUAGAA